AUGGCCAGCAAAAGAGGAACGCAUAUCUCAGACUCCACUCCUGUUAAAGGAUCUGAUCCUCUCAACGUCUCGGACAGCAGUGGUAACAUCCAGCAUCAGGACUUUAAGUCCUUUAAAAACGAUGUGUUGAAUGCCAUGUCUAAGCAGGAGGCACACGGACAGACCUUACUGAAGCUGAUAGAGGAGAAAUUUCAGGCUGUACAAGGGUCCCUGGAUAUCUUUACUGACGGCCUAAAUACGGUGAAGAAGGAUGUUGCUGACUUAAAAAAGGCUUUCUCAGCGAAAAUUGAAGGCCUCGACAGUCGCAUCACCGACCUCGAGUUUCAAAUAUCACAAAUUAGUGAUAUUAAGACUGCAUACGAAGGUUUGAAGAUGGAGAUGGCAUGCAUUAUAGAAGCUAACACAAAGAACGAGCAGUGGGUGCGACGCUCUAAUAUUCAAAUUAAUGGCAUUCCACAAAAAAAGGAUGAGGACCUUAUCAAGGUUAUAACCACUCUGGCGGAAAAAAGCGGGUAUAACUUGGAGCCGUCUCGAGACAUAGAUUUUGUCACACGCGUUGCAGUAAAGAAUGAUGUUGAUAGCUCCUAUCCCAAGCCUAUAAUUCUAAAGUUACUAUCCAGAUAUAAGAAAGAUGACUUCUUAGCGUGCUUACGUCGCCUGAAGGAGCUGAGAGCAUCGGAUAUUGGAUUCCCUGGUAACAAGAGCAGAGUGUUUAUAAAUGAUCACUUAUCUAGUUACAAUAAGAUGCUCCUACAGAAAGCGAAGCUGCGUGCUAAAGAGAAACAUUACAGCUAUUGUUGGGUGCGUAACUGUACAGUGAUGGUGCGGCAAAACGAUAAAUCAAAAAUUAUUCAUAUCACCUCUGAAGAUUCGCUAAACAGCAGUCACGCGGUUACUCGUUACCUAAAGUAG